AUGAGGUUAACAUUUCCAAAGUUUACGUUAUCAAAGAAAUUGGGAUCUUCAAACAAAGUUGAAGAGAUCAAUAAUGGUAUUGUUAAGUUUGAUAUAUGUGAACAAAAAGAAAAUAUAAUACAAGAUGAAUAUACGAAUAAACUUCUAUUUUUACCAGAAUAUAGGGUUGCAAGCAAUAUGUUUAAAUACACGAUGGAAAAUAACAUAAUUAUACAAAGUAAUUAUAUCAAAAAUAAAGGUGAUAGUAACAAAAAAGAGAAGAAGUCAAGAUAUGCAAAUAUUCCUAAGAAGGGAGUAAAUUCACUAUCUGGAAAUUCUGAAGUGGAUGAUAGAUUAUGUAUCUCAAAAUGUAAGAGUGCUAAGGUAGAGAUACCAAUAAAGUUGAAGAUGGUUGGCAGUAGUUUAGCCCUAACUCCACGUAGAUUACUAUCAUCAUUAAGCCCAAAAUUUUCCAGACAAUCAACAUUAAUAACUACACCAAGGAUACUAUCGAGUAAUCAAGAAAUUAAAGAUGCAUUUCCACAGGUUAAGCUAAUAAUGGAUAGUAAAUGUAAAGAAUUUAUAGAUAUAUUAUAUAAAACUGAUGUAUGGGAAGAUAAUGGAUAUAAAAAUGGUGUUAGAUUACAAAGAAAAGUUAAUGAUAAGAACUAUAUGGAUUAUUCUGUAAUUCGUGGUAUAAUAGAAAUAGAUCUUGAUAAAGAGAAUGAAUUAAAUAAUAAGAGAGGUUUACCUUCACUAUAUAAUUUAUGUGAUAUAAUAACCCCAAGUGAUUUUAUCAACUACAUUUGGAGUGUUGAUCCAUUAAGUUAUGAUAAUACAAUUGAAAAAAGUUAUCGUAUACACACAUGGGAAGAUGAUUAUCCAGGAUAUUGUGUUUAUUAUCAUGCAUAUAGGGGGUCAAUGGGGGUUCAAUCCCGUGAUUUUGUAUUACUUGGUCAUAAAAGUAUAGUUGAUACCGGAUGUACAAAUAAAUUGUCUGAUGGUAGUGAAAAUACUCCUACAACAGCUUCAACAUUUUAUUCUCCAAAGUCAAUAAUCACACCAUUUUCAUCACUAAAGGUGUCUGUUUUACAACCAUCUGUACAUACACCAACAUCUUGUAAAUCAUUGAAGUCAUUGUCAAUACUUAGAGAGAAAAGCCAUAUAUAUUCUCCAGCAAUAUUUAUUGCAACUGAUUUGAAUGAUAUAUUAAAGCAAGAUACUAACGUUACAACACAUAGGGUCCGUGCAAAAUGUAUAAUGAAUGGAAUUUUAGCUGAAAUGACUAGAAAUAAAAAUAAUAAGUCAAUAAUGACAAUUAAUGUGAUUUGGAUUGGUGACUUAAAAGGGAAGUUACCUGAAUUUCUAAAAAAAGCAUUAUUAUCAAUGUCAAUAAGUAUAUUAAAAGUACUUAAAGAUCAAUAUCUUCAAAUGAAGAGGAAACAACUAAAAUCUAUUUUAGGGGAUAUUAGAUAG